AUCAUCAAUUAUCAACUCAAAGGAUUUCAAAAGUCCGUAGUUGGAUUCUAGUUGAACUUCCAACCCUUCAUCACUUAAUUAUUCCAACUUCCAACCUCUCAUCACAGAAGAAAAGUAAGAAAAGAACAGGAACCAAAAGAGAGAAGAAAAACAUCACAUGCAGUGGCAACAGGGAAUGAAUUAACACACUGUUUGCUGAUGGGACAAAUUGAGGGACAACCUUAAUGUUAUGUAAUAAAAUUGUGUACUGGGUAACGUGUUCAAGUUGAAUUUGAACCGAACCAGAACCCAAUUUGCUGUCAAUUAUGAGGUUGUUUCCUUUUCUUCUUUUUUCCUUCCUAAAGGUGGGUAGAACCCAUUUUGACCUUCUAACCAAACUGCUUUACAUCUGAAGUUACAAUGAUUUGUAAGAAAAGAACCCAUCUUUCUCAAGCAGAAACAAGGAAGAUGGUUUGGCUUAUGGCUUAUGGCUUAUGGCUUAUGGAAGUAAGCUUUUGGAAGAUUCAAACAUGGGGGCCUCAGUGCUUGGUGAAAACAGAGCCCUCUGCUCUGCUACUAACUCAGUGGAGGGUUGUGGCCAUGUCCCAUCAUCAAAAAGAACCCUCCAAAUGGCCUUAAUUUGCUUAUAUUUUCUUGACAAAGUGACAUUAUUUUAACAAAUCCCCUCUCCUUUUCUGACCUUAAAUUCAAACAAGCUUCUCCAUUCUCUCUCUUUCUCUGUAUAGGCAAAGACAGAAGCUCUCUUUCUUUCUUUCUUUCUUUCUUUCUGAUUUGGCUCGAGUUUUUGGGUUUGAUCUUUAUAAGUUUAUUGCUUUGCUCUGAUGGGUCAGCCUCAAACUCCAGCCCCUCCUCAUCUUUAUCCUCAAGCACUUCAACUUAAGCUUUAUCAGGCCUUCAUAUUCUCCAUUCCCAUCCUCUUCUCCAUUAUUCUCUUCCUUCUUUUCUACUUGUUUUAUCUCAAGAGAAGGGCUUCCUCUCUCUCUUCUUCUUCUUCUUCUUCUUCUUCUUUUCCCCCAAUACUUCCAACUACUUCCAAUACACUCACUCUCUACGUUACCACUGCUUGUCAAGUGGACUUGAAGGCUGAUAAUCCCGUAGACAAACUUCCUAAGAUCCUAUUCAAUGAAGAGCUAAGGACCAGAGAUUCUCUGUGUUGCGUCUGCCUAGGAGAAUUCGAGAUAAAAGAGGAAUUGUUGCAAGUCCCAUCAUGUAAACAUGUGUUUCAUAUUGACUGCAUGAAUCACUGGCUCACCUCCAACUCAACUUGUCCUCUCUGUAGAUGCUCAGUCAUCCCAACAACCAGGUGUUUUGAUCUGCCGGUUGUGGUGUCUCCCCCACCCCCGCCAUCGGCUGGCUCAUCGGAGCCUCCCCCGACUUCCGACCAGACUGCAGAGAUGAGAUCAUAUUCACUCCUACAUCCGCAGCUGCAACAACAACAGGAAGGAUCAAGUCAGAGUAUAUGCUAAAGGUAUUGAUCCAACACUGCUGGUUGAAAUGGACUAAUAACUCAAAAGAGUGACUCCCAUGGAGGGAGAACCAGUUGUCCUCCAUAUUCAUACACAAACAUAUAUAUAUAUUAACAAGCUUUUUGCAACCUCCCACUGUAAUUGAUAGCAGCUAGCCAGGCAUUGUGAUCUUCAGACAGCCAAAACAGUCCUGUUAGAGAUCAGAAUGUAAAGAGCUAUUACUUGAACAUUGCCAACUAGAACACUUCCUGUCUCCCCUCUUCAUUGCAUUAACCACUGAAUAUGAAAAGUAAGGAAAUAAAGGAUUCUAUUGUUGAGUU